UGCUAGAAUGCAUAAACUCGCAAUACUUCUGAAACAUCUAUCUUUCCCCAUAAUUAAAUUUAAUGGCUUUAACCGUCAAGCACCAGUGCAUAGUCUUGGCUCUGCUCUUUACCAUCGGAGUUUUGGCAUCUCUGACUGCAGCUCGUUCUUUGAAUGAGGCAUCAAUGACCGAGACACAUGAGCAAUGGAUGACAAGUUAUGGACGUGUGUACAAAACAGUUGAUGAGAAAAAUAGGCGUUCUACCAUCUUCCAAGAGAACCUCAAAUACAUCCAGGCAAUGAAUAAAGCAAAUAACAGGCCAUACAAACUAGGGGUCAAUGAAUUUGCAGAUCUUACCAAUGAAGAGUUUACAGCGUCAAGAAACAGAUUCAAGAGCCAUGUCUGCGCCACAACUGCAAAUGUAUUCAGAUAUGAAAAUGUUACUGCAGUGCCAUCUAGCAUGGACUGGAGAAAGAAAGGUGCAGUUACUCCUAUUAAGGACCAGGGCCAGUGUGGGUGCUGUUGGGCGUUUUCAGCUGUGGCAGCUAUGGAAGGAAUUACUCAGCUUAAAACUGGCAAGUUAAUCUCUCUAUCCGAGCAAGAAUUGGUAGAUUGUGAUACUAGCGGUGAGGAUCAAGGCUGUGAGGGUGGUCUUAUGGACAAUGCGUUUGAUUUCAUCCAGCAAAACCAUGGCCUUUCAACUGAAACAAACUACCCUUACAGUGGAACUGAUGGGACAUGCAAUGCCAACAAAGAAGCAAAUCAUGCAGCUACAAUAACUGGACACGAGGAUGUGCCUGCAAAUAGUGAGAGUGCACUGCUGAAAGCUGUUGCAAAUCAACCAAUCUCAGUUGCUAUUGAUGCUAGUGGUUCCGACUUCCAGUUCUACUCUAGUGGCGUGUUUACAGGUCAGUGUGGAACUGAGUUAGAUCACGGAGUGACUGCUGUAGGCUAUGGCACAGCCGCGGAUGGAACCAAGUAUUGGCUAGUGAAGAACUCGUGGGGCACGAGUUGGGGUGAAGAAGGUUACAUAAGGAUGCAAAGAGGCAUAGCCGCUGAGGAAGGCCUCUGUGGUAUUGCAAUGCAGGCUUCCUAUCCCACUGCCUGAAAAACUGGAAGAAAUUGGUGAUUAUCACUAAUCACCACUCAUGUAAUUAUGUAUAUGCCUGUUCAGUUACCCUGUUCCUCCUGUCCAACUUAUGGUUGUUAAUACUUCAGUUAAGAAUUGGUACAAUGUAAGAACUUUGCUGCUGUUAUUGCAUAAAUCUUGAAAAAUGAUACAAGUUCCUCAAAUAUGCUACUUUAGUUUAUACUA